AUGCCUGGUGAACCUGUCCCUGGAAGUGUGACAGGUUCUGAUGUAACUUGCCUGGAUGUGAAGGUACCAAGGGCGCCAGCGGUGCCAAAGGUGCCAAAGCCGGAAGACUGCUCACCAGAGGCCAAACGUUGGCCCAAGGCUAGCAAUCUGCCGAAGGGCCCAACAAUCAUGCUGCCUCCUGGGGCCAUCAAGCCGCACUCCGAGUAUCAGGAUGAACGUUUAAAGAAGCGGACAGCCUAUUUGCCUCGAUGCUUUCCCAUGCUCGCAUUGAAGUCGCAUUGCUUCCCUGCCCUUCAAAUUGCAGGGGAACUCGCUGCUGAGCCGUCUCAGUCUUCUUUGAGGACCGCAAGCACGUUUUGCAGUCUGGGAAUGGCAUCAUUUUUGUGGAUUGCAGCGCAAUGGGCUGGUAAUCCUCCCCACGUGCACUCCUCGAUUCCAAGGUACCCACGGUAUCCCUUCAGUUCCAGGAAAGUUUUGAAUGCCAUGCCGGCUCGCGACAAACUUGUCGGACAGGGCGCAUCGGGUCAUUGCAGAGAACAAUUUUUCUGGUAUUGCAAUGAUGCAACUCACCAAAGAAGACCUUUUGACGAGUUUCCAUCACAAUUAUCAUCACAAUAUAAAGUAUAA